GCUAUCGACGUCUACUUUUUCUCUUCUUCUUCUUCUUCUUCUUUCCUUCUUCCCUGUCGUAAAUCAUCUUAAACUCUCCAUCAAUCAUCAGUUUUUUCCAACAUGGCUAUCGCUGGCUCCAAGGUUCUUCUUCUCGGCUCCGGCUUCGUAACCAAGCCGACCGUCGAGGUCCUGAGCAAGGCCGACGUGCACGUCACAGUCGCCUGCCGCACGCUCGAAAGCGCCCAGAAGCUAAGCGCAGGGUUCAAGAACACCAGCGCGAUCUCGCUGGACGUGAAUGACGAUGCGGCGCUGGACAAGGCGAUGGAGCAGGUGGACGUGGUGAUCUCGCUGAUUCCGUACACGUUCCACGCGCAGGUGAUCAAGGCGGCGAUCCGAACGAAGAAGCACGUGGUGACGACCUCGUACGUGUCGCCGGCGAUGAUGGAGCUGGAUGCGGAGGCCAAGAAGGCGGGUAUCACGGUUAUGAAUGAGAUUGGGCUUGAUCCUGGAAUCGAUCACCUGUACGCCGUCAAGACGAUCUCCGAAGUCCACGCAGAAGGGGGCAAGAUCACGUCAUUUCUGAGCUACUGCGGCGGACUCCCGGCGCCGGAAUGCUCGAACAACCCGCUGGGGUACAAGUUCUCAUGGUCGUCGCGCGGAGUGCUACUAGCGCUGCGGAACGCGGCCAAGUUCUACCGGGACGGAGAGGAGUACAGCGUGGCGGGCCCGGAUCUGAUGGCGACGGCAAAGCCGUACUUCAUCUACCCGGGGUUCGCGUUCGUGGCGUACCCGAACCGGGACUCGACGCCGUACCGGGAGCGGUACGACAUCCCGGAGGCGCAGACGGUGAUCCGCGGCACGCUGCGGUACCAGGGAUUCCCGGAGAUGAUCAAGACGCUGGUCGACAUCGGAUUCCUGGAUGACACGGCGCAGGAGUACCUGCAGCCCGGCAGCAAGAUCGCCUGGAAGGACGCCACCCAGAAGAUCCUGGGCGCGACCUCCAACGCGGAGAAGGAUCUCGAGUGGGCGAUCGCCUCCAAGACCCAGUUCGCUAACAAUGAUGAGCGCAAUCGCAUCAUCUCCGGUCUGCGUUGGAUCGGUCUGUUCUCCGACGAGUUGACCCAGCCCCGUGGCAACCCGCUCGAUACCCUGUGCGCUACCCUCGAGCAGAAGAUGCAGUACGCCCCCGACGAGCGCGACCUCGUCAUGCUGCAGCACCGCUUCGAGAUCGAACACAAGGACGGCCAGAAGGAGACCCGCACCAGUACCCUGUGCGAGUACGGCGUUCCCGGCGGUUACUCCGCUAUGGCUAAGACCGUCGGUGUUCCCUGCGGUGUGGCCGUCAAGUUGGUCCUCGAUGGCACCAUUAACCAGAAGGGUGUCAUCGCUCCCAUGACCAUGGACAUCUGCACUCCGCUCAUCAAGGCCCUCAAAGAUGACUACGGUAUCGAGAUGAUCGAGAAGACUCUGUAAAUAGGCGGAGUCUGGUGUGCUACGAACUCAAUUUAUGAUGAAAAGGCCCCGGAGGCUUAGAUAAAGAAUGCUAGGUAGAGAAAAUCAACGUUUU